AGUUCAUAAUUUUCUUCUCUCAUAAAAUAUUUAAUUUAAUUUAGUUCAGUUCAGUUUAGCUCUAAUUACUUCAUUUCAACUCAUUUUAGUCAAUCAGAAUAGACCCUAAACUCAAUUUAUGUUCAAAAAAAAAAAAAGUAUACUCAAUUUAUAAACUCAAUAUGAAAUUGAUGAAUACAUUUCCAAGUAUCGAAAUCCUCUUAACAUUAAUGCCAAAUCCUAAAUUUGAAAAACAGUUGCCCUUCGUUCUCAUCAGUCAUCAUUACGUAAGCCAGAUAACAAAUCUCAACCAUAAUUCAUUCCACUCCCAAAUUCGUUAAAAGCUCUCCUCACUUUUUCUCGCGCUCUUUUUCUGCAAUCCCAAACUUUAGGGUUAGGGUUCUUCAAAAAAUAAAAAAUCCUUCAAUUUCCCCCUAAAUUCCUCAUUUCCUCGUUCAAAAUCCUCAAAAAUUUCACCACACAAACAAUGAGAACCAAUUGUUGUCACAAAUUACUGGCAUUCAAUUUGAAAUUCCUCAAUUUCUUGCAAUUUUUCAUCGGAUUUUCGACCGUAAUCUACUCCGCUUACUUGCUAAAUCAGUGGCAAAAUCAAGCUCCGGUUGUUCCUUCGCCUCCGCCUUCAGCUCUGCCGUCGAAUUAUCUUCCUUCUAUUUACAACAAUCGAGGAUCGCUCGAAGUUGCUGAUCAGAUUGAAUCUUUUGAUUUUGCUGUAAAAUUAGUUUCGGGGUCCGAAAUCGAUUUGGAUUCGCACUUGCAUUUCAUUCAGCUUCCUGCACCAUGGUUCAUAUACUUUUUAAUGGUGGUUGGUGUUAUACUAUGCUGCAUGUCUUGCAUUGGUCACAUUGCAGCUGAAGGAUUCAAUGGAUGUUGCCUCUGCUUUUACAUUUUCCUUUCAAUUUUGCUAAUAUUACUUGAAGCAGCUGCUGUGGUUUUUAUUGCAAUUGAUCAACAUUGGGACAAGGAUCUUCCAUAUGAUCCAACUGGGGAGCUUGAGAAGCUUAAAUCUUUUGUAAAAGAGAAUAUUGAUAUAUGCAAGUGGCUUGGCCUAACUUUGCUCAGUGUCCAGGCAUUGUCGGUCCUGUUAUCUUUGGUCCUACGAGCUAUGAUUCAUACUCCAAGAGAAGACUCUGAUCUUGAGGAUGGUAAUGCUGCUGGAAGAGGUAGAAUAAGGGAGCCACUACUUUACUCUCAAUCAAAUCAAUCGUCGUUGAAGGGUGAAGGAAGGGGAACUUUUUCUGACAUGUGGACGACCCGGAUAAGACAGAAGUAUGGACUGAACAAUGAAUCAUCCCAAAACCAGUCUCUGAAUGCAUCAUCUAGUGCAAACUCCUAAUUCUCAAUAAGCAUCAUCCUGAAGAAAAAAAAAAAAGUUGUAAUUUUCAUGUUCGGAGCAGAGCUAAUUGACCUUCUCAGUGUACAGUUAUCCAAUAACCUUCAUUUUUUCUUGUGAUUCCUGGAAAUAGCCUUCGGCCUGUUGUGAUAUAAAUCUAAUCAAGCGGUGUUCUAUUCCCCAUUUUUGAAGUUACUGAACGGCGUAAGUACUUCUGUGUGAAGUUUUGGAAUUUUAGAAAGAAAAAAAAAAAAAAAAAUCAUUUUUUAGGUACUGCAAAUUGUCAGGGAAAAACUGGGACUCUGGGAGAAAAGACUUGCAAUUUUGCAGCUGUAUUUUGUUGUACGCACACUCAUGAACUCUAGGAAAGUCAUAAAUUCAUGGGUCAUUCAUUGUUUGCCUUAUUUAAGCAAUCCUGUUAACUCCUUUUCAUGUCCUUAAUCAAUCAACUACGCAGAAGUUUUUUUU